AUGCAGCACGUCUUCCCUCAGCACGCACACGACGUCUUCCGCGGCGUGCCGCUUGUCUACCCGCGCGAGAUCGAUGACGCUUGCGAGCGGAUCCGCGACGCCACGGACGGCUUGGGUGUCAACGAGCAGGUCCUCGUGCAGGUACUGGCGUCGCUGUCCACAAGCGACCGAGCGCUGCUCAUCUACCGCUACAAGGACUUGUACCGCGAAGAGCUCAAGGACACGCUCAGUCGAGAGACGAUCGGCGACAUCCGCUUCUUGCUACUGCUCUUGACGAUGCCGUUGCCAGAGGCAGAAGCCUUCUUGCUCAACAUGGCGACAUCGAGCAGUGGCACGAAGGAGCGCCUGCUGUAUCCGAUCCUGCUGGGCCGCACGAACCAAGAGCUCUCGGUGCUCAAGUCCACGUACUACUGCAUCUUCAACAAAGACUUGACCUGGCUCAUGCGGUCCGAGCUCAGCGGCGACUACCGCGAGAUCAUCCUCCUGGCACUCGAUAGACUCCAAGUCCCGUACGACCCUACGCUCCACACGUACCAAAGGGCCAAAGCAGACGCCAUAAAACUGCACGAAGCGGGCGAAGGCCGCUGGGGCACGGACGAAACGGCCUUUGUGCGCCUCUUGUUCUCCAGUCCACGCGAACAUCUCGCGCUCGUGAACGACAUCUACAAGAAAAAGUACGUCAACGAUCUCGAAGAGGCCGUGCGCAACGAAUUCAGCGGCUACGCGAGCGAGGCUCUUGUUUUUUACGUGCGACUGGCGCUCGAGCCGGACGCAGCGAUUGCCGACCACUUUGAGCGCAUGAUGCAGGGGCUACGCACGGACGAGAAGGGGCUGAGCGCCGCAGUUAUCCGCUACCACUGGAUGCAGCCGCGCGUGACGCAGCUGUACGAGAAGCUGCACGGACGGCCGCUCGAGGAGCGCAUCCGCACCGAGACGGACGCCAGCUACGGCGAUCUCCUGGUCACGCUGCUGCACAUUCCGACCAGCGCGCACGAAGACGACUCGUCUGGCGGCGGUAGAGGAAGUGCUGAUGCUGAUGCCAAGAGCCUCGAGACUGAGCUCGAGGCCUAA